GUGGAGCGGCCAUUAGUGGAGUGCCAAGACUUGAAAUGAUGUGGCGCGUUGCAUAUGAAGGGCUUCCUCUGUAUCAAAGCUCCUUGGAAACGGAUAUUGGUGGGUUCCACGGCGAGAGUAUGUACAAUCUCCGGGAUGGAAAAGUCUCUACUCUCAUGGAUAAGGUCUUUGAGGUAAUUCUGGCUCUGACGUUGGCUUGUACCUACCUAGGUAGGUGGUAUCUUAGUGUCGAAAAGCACUUCACAGACGAGAGGCACACGGUACAUGCAUUGGAAGAUUUCAAUGCUAUGAGUUAUAUAUGGCAAAGUCAAACACCCGGCAUCUAUUUGGAAACAACUGACCCUGAACCAUGCAACUGUCGUGUUCUUCUCAGCGGACAUACAACCGCUCGCGAUUCAGCAACACGUACGAAGCUAUCGCCACUCAGGCUUCGCGAGUAG